AUGUCAAAGGCUUUUGACUGUGUCCGUCGUGACCUACUAAUCGGGGUUUUGGAAAGCUUCCUAGAGGUGGAUGAAGUGAGAAUGAUACAGUUACUGCUUGCUAAGACAGAACUUCUGUUCGUAUUGGGUCAGUCUCUUCCAGGCGGCUCAAAACGAAUGUCGACACGCCUCAAGGAGAUUUUCUCCCCCCUGCUAUUUGUAAUCUAUCUGGAAGCCGCCUUGAGAGAUUUGAGAAUUUUCUAUAAUGAUUCUAUUACCGAAAUUGUAUAUGCCGACGAUGUGGACUUUGCCUCGGACAACAUAGAUGAUCUAAUUCAUUUACUAAACAAUUUUCCACGGAUGCUUAACAAAUGGUUCCUGAUAAUUAACACUUCCAAAACUGAAGUGACAGAGAUAAAACGAAUGGACACCAGAAUUGGUGAAACAUGGUGGAACGUCAAAAAACUCGGCUCCCUACUUGGAGACAGUGAAGACAUUUCUCGCAGAAAGAUGCUUGCUCCUGCUGCUCUUACUGUAUUAACAUCUAAAAUAUAUGAAAUAAAAAGAUCGGAAGUUUGCAAAAUGAUUUUUAGGCAAGUUAAGUCAUUGAGAACUGUUAAGUCAUCUAAAUUGUAG